CUCUGACACCAUCCUCUGCUGUCUUUUGCUCUUUCUCUCUCUCCUGCCAGCUGUCCAUCCCUCAGACAUCACCACAGUCUUUUUUCUGCCUCUUCUCUUUCCCACAGCUCCCCUCUCUUUCUGUUGAUUUCCCCAUCAUCACUUUCUGUCUCUGGAUCUGGGGCGAGAUAUGAAGCGGCACCAUGGGUUUCAUGGAAUUCUACCUGGAGAUUGACCCCGUCACCCUCAACCUCAUCAUCCUUGUCGCCAGCUAUGUCAUCCUGCUCCUGGUCUUCCUCAUCUCCUGCAUCCUGUACGACUGCCGGGGCAAAGACCCCACCAAGGAGUACGCCCCUGACAACACACCGGCGCCGCCCAGCCAGUCGCCCAUACGCCUGGUGGUCAUGCAGAACUCGCCCGCCUCGUCUCGCUACGAGCCCAACAACACGGCUGGACAUGGAGAGCUGCCGACGCCAGACCUGAGCCGGGAGAGAGGAGAGAGGGAGCGGGAAAGAGAGAGGGAGAGGGAGAAGAGGAGUACUCUGGUCUGAGGAGGAGGAGGAGGAGGAGGAGGAAGAUGGACAACCAUGAAGUGCUGUUGUAUCAAUGUUUGUAGUCCUGGACUCUUUAUUUUUACUUUUUAACAUCCCAGAUUGAAGAGCUGCUGAGCAGAUCAGCAGGAGGUUUUUCCAGGGACUUGGCCACACCUGCUAAAAAACUCCCAGAAGCCCCUUCAGUUCCAUCAGCCAGUAGACAGCCUGCAUGUUCAGCCUGAACCCUCAGAGGGACUCGAUCACAUUGCACCAAGAGACUGCUGAGGACCAGAGGACAUCCUUCACUGAUUGAUUUAUUGAUUGGUUUGUUUGAGUGUCCUGCACCAGAUGUUGUCCAGCCCAUAUGGGCUUACAAGACACAAGACAACAACAAGUCUGACUUCAACCUGCUCACUGAGGUAGAAUUAUCUGCUUUGACACUGGAGACAUUUAGACUUUGACUCUGCCUCAUCAGGACCUGCGUGUUACCUGCAGAAACACUAACACAGGCCACAAUGUGUCUGAGACCUGAGAUAACUGGGACUGAGGUGUUACUGGACAGUGGUGCCAGUGGAUCAGAUGAUGGAUACAACACAGAGCAAUAAUAUUACUCUAUUAAAGAAAGACAGAUGUUGUGGUCAGUAACAACAGCUGGAACUAUCACAGACAGCUGUCUGAUCAAAGGUAUUCUCAUGAUUUCACAGAUACUGGGCCAUAUUUAAACAACCUACAGCUCAUAAUCUAAAGUGCAGUUAGGGCGUUACUCAUUAAAUGCUGCAUAAUCUGGAUGCAAAGUUUGGCUCAAGGGGCAAAGGGGUUGUAUUUAGUCUCUUUAUUAAUCAGAAGUGUGUUUUGGACAUGACAUGAAUUCACAAAUCACCUCCUGUUACUUUUAAUAUGGUGCAUUUACAUGGCAGAUUCAGUGAAUUGGAGAAGCAAGCGAUUUUCUGUUGAGAGCAAUGCAGUCAGAGCAGUGAUGUCACUGCGGCAGAUAUUGUGGGACAUUUAAGCAGCUAAGCUAAAAACUGCAGUUAACUUUUAGCUUGUGAAAUGAUCAGUGAAGUUAUGCUGCUUCUUCUUCUCGUCUGUAAAUGCACACAUGGGGAGUCAGACAGCAGCUCUGCAGCUCUGCUCUGAUCUCUGCUACGUUUACAUUUUACAAAAUGUGUCCCUGUGUGUGUAACGAGCAUACAUGUGUUGUGAACUUGCCUAUUUAGGUACAUCUCACUAUCUGACUAAUGCACCCAGUAAGUUUUUGUUGGUUAAUGCAUCAGUUGCUUUUUGCUGCCUCUAAUUAGCAACAUGCCAACAAUGCACCUGCCCACACCUCAUUUUAAGACCCACAUACGAAUGGGCACACAGAUGGGCACAAGUACAUUUGCUUCUUACACAACCUGGCUGUGAAAUGACGACUGCAUCAGUCUGAAACUAGCAGCGACAGUUGUGCUGCGCUACUUUGUCUUCCUGCAAAACCAACUGCCGCUCUGCACCGCUCUUCUCCUUCGUCACUGGAUAUCUGUUAAGUCCACUGUGCUAGCUGUGGCAGGUUGGAGCAGUGAGUGGAAAUAAUGGGUCUAAAUUCUGGAAGUGACCAGUUACUGUUAUGACAACACCUGACCCUGAACCCCAGGGGCCGGUAAAGCCCCAGCUUCACCUUGUGUCAUUCUGUUUCUAGAAAUUUGAUUAACUGAAAGCUUGUCAGGAAUUUUUUCAUGAAAAGGCCCUCAAAAUCUAACACCUGUAUAAUUAAAAUUUUCAUUCAUUCAUUCAAUCAUUUGUUUUCUGCAACUGCUUAUUCUGUUAGGAGUCGUGGGGGAGACAGACAACCAUUCACACUCACAUUCACACCUACGGACAAUUUAGAGUCACCAAUUAACCUGCAUGUCUUUGGACUGUGGGAGGAAGCUGGAGCACCUGGAGGAAACCCACGCUGACACGGGGAGAACAUGCAAACUCCACACAAAAGGGAUCCUCCACCCCAGGGUUCAGACCCCCACCUUGGGUUUGAACCAGGAACUCUCUUGCUGUGAGGUGACAAUGCUAACCACUGCAGCACCAUGCCGCCAAUUUAAGUUUUCAUUUCUGAAUAAAUGUGUGUUCAUCGAAUUACACAAAGAAAUAGACACACAAACAACCUGCGAAUAGAUGUAACAGGUGUAUUUGUGUUUGGCAAAACCAGUAACUCAAAUAAAUGUUUGCACUGUGCGUUUCUGCAAACCAUGGAAACAUUACGUUUGUAUGCUCUUAUGUGGCAGAUAUGUUGAAACAAUAUCUUUCUUUAUGUUUCAACAGCACUGUGGUUAAUGUGGUAGGUUUGGGCACAAACAUUACUUGGUUAAGGUUAGGAAAAGAUCAGGUUUUGGCUUAAGAUACAAAGUUUUGGUUGCACAAUCCAGGCUUAAAACGCAGCAAAACAGUCCCUUUUUGUGGCACUAUCCCCGGUGGAAAACAGCAACAGAACAUUCAAGUCUAGUGGCCAAAAAGCCGUGGGAAACACUUGCUAAAAAACAACUGAUCUUGUUGUUCGUUGGUCUGCAGCUGGGCAGGCGUCUCUCCAAGAUGUCAUGCCAUCCACCAUCCCCUCCCCCUCCUGAUGACAAAGUCAGCUCAGAUACUACAAAUGUUUGUCACUUUAGAAAUGUUGAUAUGAUACGUAGGAAUGUUACUUAUUUGUG